UGCUGACCACUCGGCGCCCCGUUGGGGCAGCUGUUAUUCACAGCGCCGCUCUGGGUGACAGCUUUUCAUGUCUGUUUACCUGCUUUUCCCUCCCCACUAGCAGGUGAGCUUUAAGGGCACACCUUAGGCGUAGUCCUUUCAUCCAGAGCAGUACCUGCAACAUUGUCAGUGUUGGGGAGGGUCUCCUGCAGACCGCGCUCCGAACGGCCGGGGCCCCGCCCACCGCGCCCCGCCCACCGCGCUCCGAAAGGCCCGGGCCCGCCCAACGCGCUGCCAGCGCCCUGCGGAACUCUGCUACGCAGACGUGUUUCGCGGGGAGCGAAUUCGGCGUCGGUCCUGAAGCCCUCCUCAGGGUCUGGCUGCGGCUGCAGCGCAUGGCGGCUCCAGGACAUCCUGCUCGGGAGACAUCGGCAGCCCCAGGGCACCCUACGUGCAGUGACGCUGCCUCCAGGGCCAAGAAACAAAAGAAGAAGAAGAAAACCCGGAAUGGGGCCUCUGCGGCGAAUGGAGGCGGGAAAGCCACAGAAUCGCCGGCCUCAGAGGAAGCCCCCCUAAGUGCGGAGGCCCAGGCGGAGCAGCUGGCCCGGGAACUGGCCUGGUGCGUGGAAAAGCUGGAGCUGGGGCUGAAGAUGCAGAGACCCACCCCUAAGCAGAAAGAGCAAGCUCUUGGGGCAAUCCGAACCCUGCGCAGCCAAAGAACCCCCCUGCCCCGGAAGAGGCAGCUGAUGCACUCCUUGUUCGGGGACUACAGGGCUCAGAUGGAAGCCGAGUGGUGCGUGGCCCUGCGGGCUCUCAGGACUGCUGCCCACUCAGUCCAGGUGCAGCCUGUAGGUGAGGCCGCCAGAAAGAAGAGCCAAAGGGUCUGCAGGCCUCGUCUAACAGGGAGAGCCAAGGACACCCGAGACACUCCUGAUGAAGAGUUUAGGUUCAAUUUCUUUUAGCCUCUUCCCCAUUCUGGAACGAUUCUCCUCUGCAGUUGGUGCAGGGGUUUGUCUUGAGUGCAGAGCUUUCCAGGAAUGCUCUGUCAGACAGAUGUGGGGUUGCUCUGUCCCUGGCUGGUCAGUGAAUCUGGUGCCAUGGCUGUUGGGAAGAUGCAAGACCUGCAUGUUGGGUACUGUCAGACAAGCCCAGGACCCCGUUUAUAGGUUUUCAGCUGAAAUGUCUCUCCUGCCAGAAGAGGGCGGUCCAUUCAGAAGUUUCUACAGUAAACUGAAGUGAGUGUUUAGUAUGUUGUAGAAGGACUCUUUUAACAGGCUUAGGAGCAGACUAAGUAGAUGUUGGUAAUAAGGAUUAGUAGGGAAGCAACAUAGUUAUGCACUGGUGCUCACUUAUGGGAGGAUGUUCUGUCAGGUGGUGUAGAGCUCCAUGCCAUUGUGUCUCAUUGCCAUAAUAAAAGUAUUCCUCACAAAAGUG